AUGCCUCCUCGUCGGGCCCAUACAAAAAGCCGCAGUGGGUGUGAUCAAUGUAAAAGACGGCGUGUUAAGUGUGACGAAACGGGCCCCCCUUGCACAAAUUGUAUCUCCCGUGAACUCGGCUGCACCUACGUGAAAGCUUCACCGAAGGAUGCGCCCAGUCUGGGUCGACAGGCUACGGCUUUGCCGGCGCCGGUUAGAGAGAAAGGCCCCGUCACCCCACGGUCUCUAGCUCCGGGCAGUCCAGCCUCCACUCCCUCCGCCGUGUCCGGCGUGCGGGAGCUGGAGUUAAUGCAUCGUUUUGCCACGGAUACAUACCGAAGCAUCAGCACCAGCGAGUCAGAGAUGCAGGUGUGGCAGAUUCAUGUCCCGCGCUUGGCUUUGCAGUUUGAAUUCCUCAUGAACGGCAUAUUGGCGCUAGCGGCAUUGCACAUCGCUUCCACCUUGGAACCACCAGCAUCUUUCGUAUACAUGGACACGGCUCUGCACUAUCAUAAUCUCACCUUUGCUCCAUUUCGUGCCUCCAUUGACCACCUGACCGAACAAAACUGUGAAGCGGUGCUAGCACAGUCUAUCAUCACUACAGUUUUGGGCAUUGCCUUGCCGCGGGUUACGGCUGCUCGUGGGGAGAGCUCAAAUAUGACGGAAAAUAUCAUCGUUCUGUUCGAGCUUCUCCAGGGCGUUAAAAACAUCAUCACCAUCGGCCAGCCUUGGAUUAAACUCAAUUUAUAUCCGCACCAGAAGGGAUUCAAGAGUGGCGGCCCAACACUAGACAGUGUGACCGAAACUGCUCUGGAUCGACUGGCCUUGCUGAACGAUGAGACUCUUUCCAGUAUCGAUACAGACCAGUACCGGAUCAAUAAAGAUGUCAUAGCUCAUCUGCACCACUGUUUUACAAUGUACAGCAAUGAUGGAGGGCCAGCAAAUGCUCUCGCCUGGCUAGCUGCCGUCGACAAAGGAUUCGUGGACAACGUGCGGCGUCGCCAGCCGUUGGCUCUUCUGAUUCUCAUGCAUUGGGGCGUGCUGCUGUGGGAGCUGGAUGGCCAGUGGUGGUGGGCCCGCAACUCUGGCCGGGCGCUUGUUUCAGAGCUUUUGCUGAUCCUACAACCGGGAAAUUCUCGCUGGGCAGAUUCAUUGGCCUGGCCUCGGCGGAAGAUAGGUCUUUAA